AUGCUUCAUAGAAUUAAACAAAAUGAAUCGGCGAACUUCGACAUACCAACACAUAUAUGUUGUGAAGAACAUCGACGGCAAUUAUUAAAAUUUGCUGAUCUAUCACAACUAUUACCAAAUAUUGAUAUGACAAAUUUAGCAUUUUAUUUUGCUCGACAAUGUCAAAAUAAUAAAAAAGCUGCUCGAACUGCACGACGUUUAACAGCUAUAUCACAACGUUCAUCAUCAUCUGAAGAAAAAAGUACAUCACCAUUUCAUAUUGUUGAUCGUUUACUUGCAGCACCAACAGGAAUCUAUGGUACGGAAUUAAAUUCUCGUCCAUUUCAUGAAAUAUGUUCAAGAAAAGAAUUAAUUUUAUCUUUUGAACGUUAUAUUAAAGCAUUAACACUUGAGGAUUAUAAUGUUAUACCAUAUACAUUUGAUGUACAAUUAAAAUAUCGUUCAUUACCAUUUCUUUCUAAACAACAAAUUUAUAAUCGUCUUAUGUCUAUGACACGUAUUAACCUCAAAGAAACAAAAAUUAAUCGUGUACAUAAAGGUUCAAUGAUUUCUUUACAUUCAAUUGUUGAUCCAUUUGUAACACCAAGAUCUAUUCAAUCUAUAGUUGAAGAUGAAAAUGGAAGUGUUAUACGUUUAUCUAUAUAUAAUUGGUAUACUAUAUUAGCUGAUCAAUCUAUGGAACAUAUACGAAAUCGAAUAAAACGUGAGAGACAUUUUAUUGUUGGACAACCAUUUAUUAAAAUGGCUGCAGAUGGUUUAUUAAUGUUACGUGUAGAUAAUCCAAAACUUGAAAUGUGGUUUACUGAUUAUGAAAAAGAGAUUGAGCAAAUGGAUGCUGAUAAAUUACGUGAUCUAGGUAACAAAUGCUUUCAUAAUCAUGAUAUUAAUGGCGCUAUUGAAUAUUAUUCUCUUGGUUUGGAUAAAAGUCCAAAUGAUACUCGUAUAUUAAGUAAUCGUGCUGAAUGUUAUUUACAAAGUCAAUUACCACAUUUAGCUCUUACUGAUUGUGAACGUAUAUUAGAUAUAUGUAAAAAUAAUUCAACUGAAGAUAAAAUCGAUAUAACAUUUACAUGGAAAGUACAUUAUCGAAAAUUACGUGCAUUAAUUGGUUUACAAUUAUAUGAUCAAGCUAAAUUAUCUAUACAUUCAUUAGUUGAAUAUACACAAGAUGUUUCAUCAACAUCUAAUGAAAUUGUUGAUCGUUUUCGACGUAUACUUGAUUGUGAUAUACCACGUUUAGAAAAUGAAGCAAAAGGAAAUUAUGAUAUGUUUGAUUUAAUGACAGGACGAACAAGACGAUCGGAUGAAUUUUGUGCAGAAUUUGAACGAGAAAAUGUUUAUGAAUUUCGACAAUGUGAAAAAUUGGAAAAAGGUUAUGGUAUAUUUGCUUUAUGUCCUUUAAAACCGGGUACAUUAUUAUUAGUCGAACAACCAUUUGCAUAUGUUCACUCGAAAUCAAAUGAAACACUUGUCGAUAGUCAAUCACGUUUAGUUACUUUUUCUUUAACACAAAAGCAUGAACAUCGAAAUACAGAUGAAGAUGGAACAAGUGCUGGUAAAUAUCUUCGACAAUCAGUUCUUGAACUUUUAAGACAAUUUGAAAUGCAUAUACUAAUUGAUCCUAAAAAAUUCAUCGAAAAAUUAUCUCAUCUAACACCAUUACGUCAACAACCAUUAAGAAAGAAAUCUGAUGAUGAAGAUUAUUAUCUUCUUCCAUAUAAAGUUUUAUUAGAACUUUUUGAACGAAAUGUUAUUGGUAGUGGUUUAUGGCCAAAAUUAGCUCGAUUCAAUCAUUCAUGUUUACCAAAUUGUUUUUAUAUUAUCAUUAAUCAUUUAUGUUUUCUUAGUGUUCUUAAACCAAUUGAAACUGGUGAAGAAAUGACAAUAUGUUAUUUACCAUCUGUUUAUAGUUCUUAUAUAGAUCGUACACUUCGUUUACGUGAAUAUUAUAUUGAUGAAUGUACAUGUAAAUUAUGUGAUUAUGAUAAAAAUAUUGGUCAAGCUGAAAUGCAACAAAUAAAUCGACAAUUUGACGAAAGUGAAGAUGAUGAAGAAAAACGUCGUUAUUUAUUUAAACGUUUAAUAUAUCAGUAUAGUUCAGAUCGACCAUUAGGUUUUGUUGAACAAAUGAAUCGAUUAAAACGGUCUGUUAAAACGGAUAUAUUUAUUAAACAAGUUAGACAUGGUUAUCUUGCAUGUCCAUAUAUAUUAAAGUAUAUAUUAUCACAUAAACAUAAAUAUGACAAAUUAAAAUGUGUAAUUAAUGAAUUACAAAAGGAGUUUGCUUAUAUUAAUUGGACUGUUGAUAAUAAUGAUAAUCAAAUACAACGAAUUACAGAUAUUGUUCAAUUAUUUCUUAAUUUUAUUCAAGAUUAA